CUUGGUAUUCCAGUGCCUUUAAUUUUUUAAAUGUUUCCAUCUACUUUUGCUCUUUAAAAUACUUAUUGCCAGUUUUGAAACAUGGAUGAACAAUCGUCGCAGUACAUUCAUGUCCUCUGAUUUUUCAGUAAAAACUAGGAUUUAUCGAGUGCGUACCUUGCCCAUUGUGAAUCGGAUGUGAAAAAAUUUUGUCGAGUGUAGAGUGUAGACGUAAUUUCCCCCAUUCCCCCUGUGCUGUUCAUUCAUCAAAAUUGAGCCCAAAAUUUGAGAAUGGAGUCAAUUGACCGGAUUGUUUAGUGAAGUGAUCAGAGAUAACCUCCAAAUUUACUACUGAUUGUUCGAAGGUCAGCUUUUUUACGGAUUUCUCGUGGCGAGUUUAAAAAUGGUGUACCAUGGCUUACGUGAAUGUUGCAGAAUGGAAACCAGACCAAGUGACUGAUUGGUUAAAAGGAUUAGACGACGUACUUCUGCCAUAUCUACAUUCAUUUUUGAAGAAUGAAAUCAAUGGUCAAUACCUUCUCAAUAUCCAACAUGAUGAGCUUGAAAAGUUGGGUAUCUUCAAAUUAGGACACCAGGAGAUUAUUUUGGAAGCUGUUGAGCAGCUUCGCAAUUUUCACUAUGAUUUAGAUCGAGAAAACUUACAGUUACUAGCUUUACGCCUUUCGUGUGCAGCUCAUAGCCUCCACAAUGAACUCAAUCGAACACAGCCAAACUCCACGCUACUCUCAACUCAAACUCUUGCAGAUGUCGCCAACAUUGUUACUACAAUCAAGCCACUGGUGUGUUGGCUUGACAGACCACCAUUCAGCGGUCAGGUAGCAUAUAUCAACCGAAAAUCAGAAUUACUCAAACUGAGUCUAGAAAUGGCAACCAGUGGGCAGCGGGAUCGAUUUGCUGACAAUCUGACAGAAAAUAUUCGCUCCAGCUGUCAGAAACUGGCAGUUAUCGCCGAUCAGAUCAUUCAAGAUAUCCAUGAUCCUCUAAUCCUCCAGCCUGCAUCUUUAGAUCUCGUCACUGUCAAGAAACGACCCGGAGAUCAUUUGGGUUUUUAUAUUGUACCAUCAUUUCAUGGAAUCCAUCAAAUCGGAGAGUUGAAGUGCAACAGUGCUGCUCAUCAGUGUGGUAAAAUAGAAUGCGGCGAUGAAAUUGUCCAAAUCAACUAUCAGACUGUGGUGGGCUGGCAGGUGAAGCAGGUUAUGGUUUUAUUCGAAGAAUCCUCUUCCGAUGUGUUUUUAACAUUGAAGAAGCGGCCACGUCACACCAAAGUUUUCGGACAGAUCUAUAUGAAGCCCUACCGGUUACCAAGCAAAAAGCACUCUGUUUCCUACACAUCAAGAUGGCAUGAUAGUCUACCUUCUCCACGUCCUGAACUUUUAUCUAUCCCUCACUUUACGUUACCACUUCCAACGUAUAACGAAACGGAGCAAACACUCUCUGAUGAAGGCAAAGACGAAUCAACAAGUAGCAGUGAUGAGGACAUCGGCCAUGCAUCACCAACAAGCAUGCGACUCUAUCUGCCCAAACCGCGAGUACCAGCGCAACGCAGAGCCACCAUCACUGGAGCAAGUCCUAUUAGUAAACGCCCUCCAGUCAAUUUAGAUGAGCUUUGGCAUGAAUUAAAAUUUGUUCGUCAGUGGCGGAGCACAAGUGAAGAAAACAAAAAGUUCAACUCUGAAACCCUUCUACGUUGUUCAAUGGAUUCGUCACUCCCAAAUCGUCAUCCAGAUGUUCCGCCGAAGUGUAGUAGCGCUCAGUGCCUCACAUCAUCGGGCAAUUACGACAGUCACUAUGAAAAGGAGAACAAAUUCAUCGAAAAUACAAGUCCACUGGAGCGUGAGAGAGCAUCCUCGAACAGUCGCUUGCCCGAAGAUUGCAAGUUUGCCUCACUAAAAGAACGCAUUGAGAUGUUCUCUAAAGCUGAUAGUAACAAUCCUAAACCUAAAAUCCCACCUAAAACUUUUAAACUUAAUCAAAUCAACAAAUUCAACAAUGUAGAGAAUACAAACUCUUCAAUCAGUAAAGUUAAACAACGCGGCAAGUUGGACAAAAGCUACAGUACCCCUGCAUACGAUCUGAACGCAAUCGAUGCUGGAAUAGAUUUAAACAGCAAAUCUGAAAAAGAAUUCCAUCCGCCAACAGCCAAAUUAGAAAAAGUAGAUAGCUCAACACCAACGGUCAAAGUAGACAACAGACACCCAGUGCCGGCAGCCAGGACAAUAAAAUUAGAGAAUUUGAAUCUGGCUGGAGAAAGGCAAGCAAAAGUCGACAAUAUUAAUACUAGCAAGGUAAAAAAGUUUGAAAAAAUUGACAAUCGGAGUGACAAUGAGACAAAGGUAGAAAAUGUUUGUCCAGCAACGACAACAAAUGAUAAAGUUGACAAUAUCAAUGUAUUGACUAUCCAAGGAAUUGAAAAAGUAGUUAACUGCAAUGAGUCAAAAAAUCUUACUGAAGAUUCCGUCUCAAAUAUUAAUAGGCUCAACUCAUCCAUAUCAAAAGACAUGCCCACCUCAAAUAUCAAUAUAAUGGACCCUUUUAAUCUUCUUAAUAGUUUUCAGUCAGACACUUCCAAUAAUUUAGAGCGGAUAAAACCUCCAAAAGCUCCGCCAAGAACAGAACUUUCCAAUAACACAACGAACAUUAACAUACAAAGUGCCACUGAGCUGUUAGAUAACGAAUCGCAGCUACUUAAUUCAGUAAAUAUUAGUAGCAAGUGCAAUACUAGUGAUAAAAAUGAGGAAAAUAAUAUCCUGAACAACAAUUUUAAUAAUAAUGUGAACUUCAACGCCCCCAGCAAUAUCCAAAGCAAUAAUGAGAACCACAGCAAUAAUGUAAGUCAGUUUGUAGAAAUGGAAUCGGCAAAAUCGGAGCAUGGACAGAUGGUGAACACAAUAAAUAAUCACUUGUUGAAACAAGACGAAGAGAAAAGCAGAAAUACCCUGCAUACAGCCUCAGAUGAUAUAGAUAUGGAUAGAACAAAAAAAAUCAACGAGAUUCUUGAAACAAUCAGUAGUUCGCUAACUCAGCAUGAACAUUCAUCAGUUGUGAAGGAACCAGUAGUUGCGCCUAGCCCAUCAGAGAGGUAUUUAACGAAGCCUAAAGUUGAAGAUCUGUAUUACUACUGUUCCACGUUACGAGAUCCAGCUAAGCAACCCAAUUACCUGUCGAAUGAAGACUUGGUGCCCUUGUCAACAAUCCUUAAUAAUCCACAACGAACCGAACGGGUGGAUUGUUCGUCUCCCAGUCGUUCUAAUUCGCCUUAUGAAAGAUUAGUAAUCAAUCAAAGGAGUAGUGAACAUAACGCAAGGAGUCUUCUCGAUUUGGAUAGUGAGUGUUACGCCAAAAGCUCAUUAGAACGCUCGCCGCAGCACUCUCCUGAGAUCAGAACGGCAACUCCAACCUCGGUAAGAUCUAGUAGUAGUCAAGGCAAGAGUUCAGUAGAAGACAAUGCUGAGGUUUAUGUUAGGCAUACUCUGCGGAACUCCCCGGAAAUCAGAGGAGGUAGAUUGGAGAUCAGUCAAGGUUACGGGGGUUUGCGGGGUUGUUAUGACAAGCCUCUUCUUGAGCUGGAAACUGAUAUUUACGGCAAGAACUCGCUGGAACGGAGAGCCCACAACUCUCCAGAAAUAAGGAUCACUACGCCAACGUCUGUCAAAUCGGACUUUGUUGACUUUGACAAUGUGUCUCUUACAAGUGUAGCUUCUUCACCGGCUCCUGCAACGUUCCCGCGCCACCGAACAGACAAGAAGCCGUUGACACCUCCUCCUAGGCCAGCCAAACCGGUGGCAGAGACAAAAGGUGGCUGCUAUCGUGCCAUGAUGGUCGCCAAAUCGAUGGGAAAAAGCGCUUCGCUGAAAGUAACAGCUAGUCCAAGACUCCUCCGGAAAAAGAAUCCUCUCCUGAACAAGCGGAGGAAUAUCAGUGUCAAAGAGCUAGGUCAAUGCGAGUGUCAGGGUUGGUUAUCUCAAAGAGCCCGUGGCGGUGCUGGCGCUCAGUGGAAUAAAGGAUGGUUUGUGCUGAAAGGGACUUCAUUCCUCGGAUUCAACUCAAAUGAUUCCCACAAAGCACGCAUUAUGAUAUUUCUUCCUGGUUUCACCGCAUCCGUUGCAGAGGAAGUCAAGUCCCGCAAAUUUGCGUUUAAAGUUUACCAUGCUGGCACAACAUUCUACUUUGCUGCAGACUCAAGUACAGAUCUAGCCGUAUGGCUGGAUGCAAUCACAGCGUCCACCAUAGCAAAUGAUAUCCACACUGAGACUGUGAUUUAUAGUGAAACAGAUGGUGAAGAGGAAGAAUCACAGUCAGAGCAAGAAUCGUGCUUUCCGAGUCCUAAAAUGAAGAAAUUCUCCGGCUUGUUUUCAAGUGACACCCCCGGGAAAAGCUCUGAAUUCCAGAAAAAGUUUGGCUCGCUGAAAAAAUUGGGAUCUCGCAAUAAAGCGGCACAGGCAGAAGAAGGGCCAAGCAGCGAAAGUCUUGACCGCAAAUACUUGAAAUUCCUCGGUCCAAACAACGUACCAACGCCAACAGCGCAAUUUCGCUCCUAUCGGCGAGUUCCACCCUCACCACCCGCCUCGACCAGUCAACGGCGGAAAGACAAAAGCCACCAUUGUAGUGCAGAGAGUGUACUUGCACAUCCAGACAAAAGCCUAAGCGAAAGGUGUAGUUCUCCAGUAAACAUGAAUUUGCCACCAGAUAUGGGUGACUAUCGGCUGGCAUCCUUGGCUCGAGCAACAAGGGACACGCAACAGAGGCGCAUUGAUCAUGAAAACAACACAGGAUUUGUUACGCUUGAAGCAUUUAUGCUAGCGCGACAAGAGGAAGAACGACGCCAGCAACAAGAAUUUUCAAGGCCAGCAACCUCAUCGACACUGCUACCUUUGCCGCCACAAAUUGCCCCCAGAACUGCAGAUUUAGACAACUUUUCAGAGGACAGGUAUCGUUGCAACAGGAAUGCACAGUCAUCGUCUGCAAGGCCAAGAUACACUCCACAACCUACGAGAGAAUACAGGGGUGGCUCCCCAGAAAAGUUCUGGAUUGAUUCCCUGAGACGCUCGGAUUCUCGCCCCCAAGCUAGUGCUCACUCAACCAACACUGUUCCUGAUCUCCGCACUAAACGGUUGAAAAAAGCAGCUAAUUAUCAACCUCCUCCAGUUUCACCACUCGAUAAUGCUUCCCCAGGACCGAGUGACAUGAGGUUUGCAUUUGAAAUGGCCCUGGACCAGUCUCAGUCUUGUCGCAAAAACUCGAAACAGUCUCAAUCAUCCUCAAAAACGCUGAAAAGUUUCUUCUCUCCGUCGAAAAGCGAUCACUCUUCAUCGCCUCAAAAAACGUUACUUGGAUCGCCAAGGUUGCAUCGUGUUCUAUUCCGUGAAAAGAAGGAAAGAGAGCCACCUGUUCCUCCUCCACGACCUCUACACACUCUUGCUGAUUGGGCCAGCCGCACCAAUCAGAGAGAUCAUCUAGCAGAGAACGAUCUCAGUCUGGACAGUCCUCGAGGUAGCGGUGACUCAGCAAGUUUGCGGCUGCCCCUUCCUCCGGACUACCCAGGCUUAGAGUAUCCCCCGGUCUUUGAGCCAGAGACCUAUAGUCUGUCCAACGCCACGACAGUGAAACGUGAUAAAAACACCAAAGACGACUCCCCCCAAUCAAAUUAAUUUUAGAUACUUAUUUGUACUGAUUUUUAGCUAUGCUCGAGUUCAUGCGGCUCCCUUCAAAAGCCACUCAACUCAUAAUUAUUAGUCGAUUAGUCAUAUAAUCUUCUGUUUAUGGUGCUUUAGACCGGUGGUUUUGAAGAAAUAAUGUACUCUGCAACAGUUAAUUUGAAAACUAUGUGCCUUUUAGGAAAAUAGAUGCCUGAAGUGUGUAAAAAAUGUGUAAACCAAUAUUGUAGUGCUUUCAUAAUCUUAGUUUAACAAAUUAAAUAUUUGUCACCUAUUGAUCGGGACUUUUUUUGACGAUCAACUGAUUUUUUCAUCCAUAUUUUAAUGCAAUCAUAGACUAUUUCAUGUAAAAGGUCGAGCUUACUAGGAGUGCAACAGAUGGAUUGUCUGUUAACCAAGUAUUAUCUUUUCUAUUGAAACAAUUCAGAUGUAUAAAUUGCUGAAUUAUUGUUAUUGUAUCUUGUUAAUUGAUUCACAUUUUAUUUUUUACACUUAGGGAAGAUAAUAUUAUUGCCUUUUCAUUAUCAUUAUCGAAUGGACUGAUCUGUAAAAUUGCUAUCAUGAAUAUUAUCCAAUAUAUUGAUAAGCGGUUGUAAUCACAGAGUAUUGAGAUGAUAGUUAUUCAAGUGUAAAAUAUUGAAAUUUUUUUGUUGUUAAUCACGAGGUAGAUUAAGGGGAAAAAAAGUUAAGAGUAGAUCUCGCCUCUGUUUCUUAAAAUUUUUCAAAUAUCACAAAUGGAUGCACUAAAUGAAAACUCAGUGUGUUUAGUUGAACUUAAAUGUGAAUUCAUGAAAUGAAAAGUGUAUGGCAAUACAUAAAUUUGAUUUGCAUGAUCGGAUUUUGCAUGUUUAAAGAUCCGUGGCCAUUUGUCUCCCAAAAAAGUAUCGUCCUACGAUUUUCAGCAUAGUUAUCUCUUACAGAUCGAGUCUUUUUUAACAAUUGUAUUUCCUAUAGCCUUGGUUAGAAAAGAUAAUAGGGCUCUUUCUGGCAGGAAAUAUUU